GCUCAGAUUAGGGUAACCCAACUUCCAAACCCUAAACGCUACGUUUAUUAUUUUUCAGGUUCUCUCUUUUAAUCGGUGUCUCCGCCGGCGGCGCGUGAGCCUUGUCAACGGCGCGUGAGGGCGUUGUUCGCGCGUGAUUCGUAGUACCCCGCUAACUCUUGCUUUGUUCGACCCGCAUUGGGAAAUUCAUGCCGGAGACACGCCGGAAUCUUACCGGACGGCCGUGAUUUCUCACAUCGAUGGCGUCCGGCGUCUUAGCUAACCGGAACGAACCUAAUUGGCCACAGCAUAGAGGCGGUGGAGCAGGAUUCAUGGGAAAAGUACCUUUCUCUAACCCUAACCCUAACCCUAACCCUAAAUUAGCGAACAGCAAGAGGACCCAAUCGGCGUCCGAUGAUGCUUCUUCUAUCAACAGGCGAUCGAACGACGUCGUCGUCAAUUACUUCCAAUACGUGACCUUCAACGUCGCGUCGUACACGAAAAAGGAGCUGAACGACCUCAAGAACCGCCUCGUGUCGGAGCUCGAACAGAUUCGGAAGCUCCAGAAUCGAAUCGAUUCCGGCGAGUUUCAACCGGGCCAGAGCUUCAACGGCCAGCCAAAGAAACCGUCGAGCAAGAAGAUUGCCGGCAACAAGCGUCCUUUCCCGGUGAAUUCGGCAAAGGAUUUGAAACGGUCGCAUUCUGAGAUUGGGAAUUUGAUGAAGGGUUGCGUGCAGGUUUUGCAGAAGCUGAUGAAACACAAACAUGGGUGGAUCUUCAAUGUUCCUGUCGACGUUGUUGGAAUGGGUCUUCACGAUUAUUACGAUAUAAUUAAGCAACCCAUGGAUCUGGGUACGGUGAAGUCGAAUCUCUCGAAGAACAUGUACGCGACGCCCUCGGAUUUUGCUUCCGAUGUGCGAUUAACGUUCAACAAUGCACUCACCUAUAACCCUAAGGGUCACGAUGUGUACACCAUGGCGGAGCAGCUUCUGGCGAGGUUUGAGGAACUUUAUCGCCCGUUGCAUGACAAAUUCGAAGAUUGGGUUAGACAGGAUCGUGAUUUUGACGAGGAAUUGCAGGCUAGUUCAUGGAACCAUGUCGAGCCAGAGAGGGAGAGGGAAAGGGAGAGGGUGAAGAAGAAGGAGAACCCGAUCCCUCCUGCGAAAGUGCAACAAGAGCCUCUGCAGCCUCCUGCGAGUUCUUCUAACCCUCCAUUGCUGCAGUCGCCGGUGAGAACGCCGUCCCCGAUGCGAGCCCCUCCAGUGAAGCCUGUGAAGCAACCCAAGCCAAAAGCCAAGGACCCUAACAAGAGGGAGAUGAGUCUUGAGGAGAAACACAAGUUGGGUAUUGGGUUGCAGAGUUUGCCACCGGAGAAAAUGGAACAGGUGGUGCAGAUCAUAAGGAAGAGGAAUGGGAAUUUGAAGCAGGAUGGGGAUGAGAUCGAGUUAGAUAUUGAGGCCGUUGACACAGAGACCCUUUGGGAACUUGAUCGAUUGGUGACUAAUUGGAAGAAGAUGGUUAGCAAGAUUAAACGGCAGGCACUAAUGGGCAACAUUAACAACAAUGUGGCGCCUAACAAAGGCAAUGGGGAAUUGCCAGCUAGCGAGAAGGUUGAUGCAGCGCCGGUUGAGGUAAAAAAGCCAAAGAAAGUAGAAGCAGGGGAUGAGGAUGUUGACAUUGGAGAUGAGAUGCCAAUGAGUAUGUUUCCCCCUGUGGAGAUUGAGAAGGAUAAAGAUGUCGUUGGAGGCCAUGCAAGUAGUAGUUCUAGUAGCUCUGGCAGUUCAAGCAGCGAUUCCUCGUCAUCAAGUGAUUCUGAUUCGGGGAGUUCCUCAGGAAGUGAUUCUGAAGCAGACAAUGGGCAUUUGUAGCAGCCAGGCAGGGCUUUUUGUAACUAAUGAUCAAAACAUGAUCAUGGGAGCAGGUUGGCGCAUAAAGAAAAUGUUUGCUUCAUUGGCUUCCUUGAGGGUGCGGCUUGAAUACAUGGACGAGGUAUGUCUGUCCAUUUAACGUGUUUUUCUUCUGCUGCUAUGAAUUUUUUGGCAGAUGGGUGUGAUUAGCUAAAUUGAUUACCUUUCAUUUCAGGGAUUGUGGCCAUUGUUCGUUCGGAUUGGGGGCAGCGGUUUGGAUUGUGGCGCUGAGCACCUGCUCGAGGGAUUGUGGUGUGACAUAGUUGUAAAAAUGAUUUCAGAAACCGAAGUAUUCAUCAAAACACUGUGUAGGCCAGAAAGUAGGCUGAAAUGUGGUGAAAACGCUAGGAUAGACGCGUUAAAGAUUAGGAAUAGAACGGAGAGAAUUAGUGUUUUUUGUGUUUACCUUGUACACAUUACAACAGUAAAUAGAUGGUCGUCCUCUUUCAAGAAGGCUCAUUUUGUGGAUCUGUGCAUUGGAAAUUUUGGGAUCGCUAAUUAGUUAAAAGGCCAGCCUUUUCAUUUUGUAUGUACCUAGUACAUGCUUGAAUACCGAGGGAACUAUGUAAAAAACACAAACAAUUUGCAAAUGAAAAUAGUUUCCUGAUGAGCAGUCUCUAAAUGCCGGAAGAUAGUACUAAUAAGCAUAAUUUAUUAGUAAUUUGACGUGGUUUUUAUAUUCUCAUUGGUGUAUCAGAUGGCCAGAAAUGUAAGAAAUCAAUAGUCUUACGGAGACCACUUUCUGAAAAUUGUUACAAAGACAUUAUGGAUAAACCAACCCUAUAUACGGAGAAGCUAAUUGGUGGGGAAGACCAGUUGAAAAUAUCCUACAACUAUCGUGUUCUGACGUACUCGCGGAAUGCAACUGGUGAAGAAAAAGAUUUGAAACGUCACAGGGAACAACUCUUCCGGGAGAUAUUUUGUCAAAAAAUAGUGGUCAUUUUCGAAGCAGAGAAAAUUUAAGCAACAUAAAAAGUUGAUCUCUUACUAACUCAAAAAGUCAUCAUGUGUAACAUAGGAAAGUUUACAAAACAAAACAUCCACAAAGGCAAACAAAACUAAGAAUUUCAAAGUUUUACCAAAAUUCUUACAGCAAACACCUCAAACAUGUUCGAGUAAGUCCUCAUCCACUCCACCAUUCCUCUCCCAGAGGCAUACAAGUAAGCCCGUCUUAAAGGAAUUUUGGGGCACCGAUCUCGCGGGCAGAGUAAACUUCAAGCAUCAGGGGAUUGCUUUUGGGGACAGCACUGUAUUUCCAACGUGUUUUGGUCUUUCAAGUGUGGCGAGUAAUGUAAUAUCAAAAGCUCAGGUUGUAGCAGCAAUUUUUAGAUUCUGUAGUUUAUUUUUCCAGCUUCUUCAAACGGAUGAAUUGUUCACCAAGUUGCGCCUCAAGAGCGGCUUGAGUAUCAGGAGCCAAAGUUUUAACAAAAUGCUUAGUGAGGUUAAGCUUAGACAGGAUCUCCAAGGCUUUGACACAGAACUUGUGUACCUCUGCCCGCCUUGCUGGUUUGCUAGGCAUAUUUGUCACCAACUCUUUCAUAAGACGAGAAAGUUUAUCCAAAUUAUUUUUAAGAAUCUUUUUCGAUGCAUUCUGUUCGUCACUAUUCCCAGUUGCCAGUGACUUAAAUAUUUCCAUUACCAAAUCAAGUGCUUCUACUCGUCGAUAGUCUGACUUGGCAGAUCCACAUCUCUCCAAAAUAAAGCCAAAUAUAGAGUGUCCAAUCCAUGGUCGUCUUCGAAAUAUUUCUUUUAAAAAUCCAGAUUUGAUUUGAGAUUUCUUAUGGUCAAAAUAUCCCACCAACACUUCACGGAAAAUUUGAACAAUCUUCUCUAGUUCAGACUGAGAGAAAUUUCUUGAAUCAAUAAUUUUCAAAAUCCAGAAGGUUGAAGUUUGGGCAAGGGAAGAAACCAUUUUCUGUCGGUUCCAGGCAGCUGAUCGCUUUGAUGGGUUAGAAGCAGACUUCUGUCUUUUAUACGGCUUUGAUGCUAAUUUCAAAUUUCUUUCCAACAGAGAUUCAAGAGUGGAUAACUGGAUUCCAUCACCCCUAGGAUAAUCCUUUGCUUUAAAUAUUUGCUUUUGUAAUAUUCCCCAUACACGUUGUCCAAGCUGCUCACUAACUUCUGCCGUAUGAGGGUUAACGAAAGCCUGAGCUAAAUUUGAGUAAACCAUAAGAACCUGAGGCUUACCUGUAUAAUAGCAAAACACCAUGAGCGAUUUAUGUAUACAUGAUGUAGAAAGAUCGAGUUAAAAACACGAUAGAAAGUUAUGAAGCUAACACAUUGUACAAGAAAAUUGCAAGUAUGGCAAUAAAACAGGAGCGAUCCAUAUGCUUCGUUCUUUUGGUUUCCA